UCCACAAACCUAAUUCUACACCUAGUGGGAAGAAACUAAGGAACUGAAGACGUUGACAGUCCAGGUAAAGAAUGAGGGGUGUUGUAGCGUUUAUUGUGUUGCUGUGCAGCGGCCUUACUGGGGCUGGCAUUGUAACACCAGGAAAUGAAGACAAAAAGGCUGACAUGAGUGACACGCUGAGGAAGAUUGAAGUCAUGGAGAACCGACUCGCAGCUGCUGAGAGCCAGGUGGAGACACUGAAGGCUAAAGCAGAAACAAAGGUGGCAUUCUCAGCUGGAUUUGGGGGUACUGGGUACUUUGGACCGUUCAAUGUUGACUUCACCCUUGUCUACCAAAAGGUCUUAACUAACCUUGGCAAUGCUUACAACCCUGCAACAGGCAUUUUCACAGCGCCAGUGAGAGGAGCCUAUCAUUUCAGCGUCUAUCACCAUUCAGGAGCAAACCGCCGCUCAGACUCCGUGCUGUUCAAGAACAAAGAACAAAUCGCAUAUAUUUCUGCUAUGAACAAGGACGGCUCCUACAAUGGAUCUAAUGGUAUCAUAAUGCAGCUGGAGGAGGGAGAUGUGGUAUACGUUGUUUUGAAGGCUAAUUCAUGGAUCUGGGACCACAUGAGUCAGCCUGGUGCCAUUGGAUGGUGCCACUUCAAUGGCAUUUUGUUGUUUGCUCAAUAAACCUCAGUGGAAUAUG